AAUACCCCUCCCCCGCAUUAGUGAUUGUAUUUAUUGUCACAGCUUUAACCCCAGAGAAGACGAAGCAGAGAAGUAACAGUUCCAGUUACAUACCACGCCGGAGAUAGACGCACAGCACAGCAAUGGCCAAUUACCCACCAGAAACCACCGCCGAAGCCCUGGCCCACCUCCAGACCGCCUUCACCGACUACUCGCUCGCUCAUGGCCUGACCGUACGGCCACCACCUGCCUUCGCCGCAAAUCCCAACAACGCCCUCUCAACCGCCGCCCCGGUCUCCCUAUACCCCUCGCUUUUCCCGCGGGAAUGCUUCGAAUACGGCCGUCGGGUGCAGGAGGCCUAUAACUAUGUCUACGCCGCGAUAGCGAACGAUACGGAGUGGCUGGGAAAGGUAGUGACAGAUCUUGCGGCGGUGGACACCUUCAUGAAAGCGCUAUUCGACGUCUACAUCAAGGCCAAGGAGGAAGGGUUCGCGCACGAGUGGUGUCUCGGACUCUUCAGAAGCGACUACAUGCUCCACCGUCCAACGCCUGAGGAUGAGCCGGUUAUCCACCAAGUGGAAUUCAACACCAUCGCCUCGUCGUUCGGAGGACUGGCGUCGCGGGUUUCAGAGCUCCACCGGUUCCUUGUGCGCUCGGGGGCAUACCCUCCCACCCCGCAGCUUUCACUCGAGUCCAUCCCGCUCAACCCUGCGGCGGCGGAACUUGCCUCAGGUCUAGCAAAGGCGGAUGAAUAUUACGGCCCUACUAAAUCGGGAAGGGAGAAAGGAAUCCUCUUCAUCGUGCAGCCAGGAGAACGCAACGCCUUCGACCAGCGCUGGCUCGAAUACGCAUUACUCGAGAACCACAACGUCAAAACCCACCGCAUCGCGCUCUCCGAAGUUCCCACACGUACGCGCCUGGAGUCCGGCAGCAGGCGUCUCAUCUACACCACGGCAUUGGCACAGGAUGUCGAGAUCUCCACAGUCUAUUUCCGCGCUGGCUACGGGCCUGAUGACUAUCCCACGCAAUUGGAGUGGGAUGCACGCCUCCACCUAGAGCGCAGCGCAGCAAUAAAGUGCCCCACAACCGCGAUGCAACUGGCUGGCGCAAAGAAGGUCCAGCAGGAACUCGCCGUGCCGGGCGUGCUCGAGCGCUUCGUCGCCCAGCCCAGCCAUCUGGACCUGCUCCGAAAGACGUUCACUUCUAUCUUCCCCCUGGAUACGUCCCCGGAGGGCCUGCGCGCAAGGAAACUGGCUUUUGAGGAGCCCGAGAAGUAUGUCCUCAAGCCGCAGCGGGAGGGAGGCGGGAACAAUGUCUACCGUGCGAAAAUCCCAGACUUCUUGAGAAGUAUGGACGAGAACCUGUGGAGUGGGUAUAUCCUGAUGGAGCUCAUCCAGCCGCCGCCUGCGGAGGGCGUGAUUGUUAGAAACGGUGAAAUAGUAAGGGGAGGCGUGAUUGGGGAGUUGGGGGUGUAUGGUGUUAUACUCUUUAGACAGGAUACAGGUGAGCCGGUGGUGAACAGGGAAGCGGGAUGGUUACUUAGAACGAAGAGCGACGAGAGCGAAGAGGGCGGUGUCGCGGCAGGAUUCGGAUGUGUAGAUGGGGUUUGCUUGACCGAUUAGACGUGGGAUUAGAGGGUGUGAAGAGGUUUCUUUCAUGGGAUUUGUACGAAUAUAUGAGACGAUUUUUAGCAUAGAGCUGCGAUAUAUUUUCUCUGUGG